UUGUGAAUUCCCCUAACCCUCGAGUCCCCUUCCUCUGUGCUCGGAGUGAGAGAGAAUGGCUUCUUCUUCAUCUUCAGGAUCGGCAGCCGCGACGGCGAUCUCUCCGGAAACGGAGGAAGAGCUUACUCUGACGGUCAAGUGGAGCGGCAAGGAGUAUACCGUCCGAGUCUGUGCCGACGACUCGGUAGCCGAGUUGAAACGCCGCAUCUGCGUUCUCACCAACGUCUUGCCCAAGCGGCAGAAGCUUCUCUAUCCCAAAGUCGGCAACAAGCUCUCCGAUGAUUCUCUUCUCCUCUCUCAGAUCCCUCUCAAGUCCUCUCUCAAGAUGACGAUGAUCGGUACUGUGGAAGAUGAUAUAAUAGUGGAUCAAGCAGAAACUCCGGAGAUUAUUGAUGACUUUGAGCUUGGAAAGGAAGAAGCUGUGGAUAUAAAGGACAAAGAGGUCAAUAAGCAGAAGCUGAGGAGAAGAAUUGAUCAGUACAAGAUUAAAAUCCGAACACCAUGUCGGCAAGGCAAGAAACUUCUUGUUCUAGACAUUGACUACACGUUGUUCGAUCAUCGCUCCACAGCAGAGAAUCCCUUACAGCUUAUGCGUCCUUAUCUUCACGAGUUUCUUUCUGCUGCUUAUGCCGAAUAUGAUAUCAUGAUCUGGUCUGCUACCAGCAUGAAAUGGGUGGAGCUGAAAAUGGGAGAGCUCGGAGUGCUGAACAAUCCGAACUACAAGAUCACAGCCCUUCUUGAUCAUCUAGCAAUGAUCACCGUUCAAUCAGACGCUCGUGGGAUCUUUGAUUGCAAACCACUAUACUUAAUUUGGGCACACCUUCCCGAGUUUUACAGUGCCAAAAACACGAUAAUGUUUGACGAUUUGAGAAGGAACUUCGUGAUGAACCCCCAAAACGGUCUGACCAUUAAGCCAUUCAGAAAAGCUCAUGCGAACCGAGACAAGGAUCAAGAGCUUGUGAAGUUGACACAGUACUUGCUGGCCAUAGCAGAGAUUGAUGACUUGAGCUCUCUGGAUCACAGUCGGUGGGAAUCAUUCACUGAAGAUAAUGUCAAGAGACGCAGGCAUGCAUGAGUUGCUUCAAUUCUUGUGGUUCUCCAAAGUUAUUACAAAUAUCAGGAGAUCGAACCAUGGAAAUAUUUUCAGGUUACUUUGUCUAUUUUCCGAGAUCUCGAAUCAAAACUGUCAAAUGAUACAGAUGAACUUCUGGCGUCUUUGUGAACUUCGCCUUAUUGAUAGGCUCUGAGUAAUAGUAGUAGUUGUUGUAGUUGUUAGACCUCUGAUAUCAGUUCUUGGUAAUCUAUUUUCGCAAGUGAUAGAAUUAUGUU